AUGGCCCCCAAGGCUGACAAGAUCGGCUCACUGCUAUUCUGCCCCACCUGCGGCACCCUCCUCAACCUCCCCCAGGACGGCGAGUUCGAGGUUCUCUGCGAGCAAUGCGGCCACAUUGAGCCCGCCGGCUCGUACGAGAACAUCGAGAUCGUCACCAGCUCGCACCCGGAGGCCUUCCCAUCCCCGCUCCGGCAAAAGCGCAAGACGCAGACGAAGGUGCACGCCGCAAACGAAGACCUGCUCAAGGUGACGGAGAAGUGCCCGGAAUGCGGACACAUGGAGGCCUACUCCAAGGAGGCACAGCUUCGGAGCGCGGACGAGGGCUCGACGAUCUUCUACACGUGCGUCAAAUGCAAAUUUGGCUGGCGAGUCAACAACUAG